AUGAAAGCGGAAGCAAAGGGCUAUGCAGAGCCAAAUGACACUAAAAGAUCCAGAAUAGAAAAUAGAAGAGUUUCGAAAGAGGCAUUGGAGUUAAAAACAAUACAGCCAGCACAAAAACAGUCUAACGACAUAGAUAAGUCAAUAGAGCUAAAGGACAUUCUAGUUCUGUGCACAGCAGAGAAGAUUAACAUUAUAAAGCUAUUUGGAUUCUUAAAAGAAAGAGCAACAUACCCAGAUAUAAAUAUAUACUUCAGAGAAUGCAUUCAUAUAAUGACUAAUGAGCCAAAUGGAAAAGGAGACAUAUUUAUAUUCAGAUAUGGAGUGGUUGUAUUCUGGGGGAUAAGUGAAGAGUCACGAGAUAAAAUACUUGCACACCAGCAGUUCUUUGAAGAAAAGAGCUAUAGCAAGGAGUUGGUUGAGAGAGAAGACUUUAGAUAUGGAAUAGUUAGAGAGGGCGCAUCUAUUAUUAACGAUGUGAUCUAUUUGGACAACGAAACUGUCUAUAACAAAAUGAUUAUUUCUAAUGCACUUGCCCAGAGUACUAAACUUGAUGUCUUUGAGAGGCAUGCAGAAAGAACUAUUGAAAGCGUAAGAGGUCUUCCAGAUGAAAUAGUUGCAAAGGGGUUUACCACUCGAAAAAGAGAAGAGGUGGUCAAACUAAUUGGAGUAUUGCAUAGACUAAAGUUCAACUUGAACUUGUCUACAAAUAUCUUAGAUACUCCAGAAAUUCUGUGGUACUACCCAAAUUAUACCUCUUUAUAUGAAAGCUUCAAGCUCUACCUAGAGCUGAAGAGUAGAACAGAAAUUGUAAAUCAGAAAUGUGAUGUGAUCCAUGAAAUACUAACCCUCUUAUCAACGCAUAUUAACACAAUGAGCGGUGAAAGGCUGGAAAAAAUUAUUAUUAUACUCAUAACUCUGGAAAUAGGGAUAGGCCUAGUUUCAAUGUAUUUCAACUGGGCAAAAUAAGAAUAUACCUAGUCUAACAUGUUAGUACUGCAUGAAAUUAUUACUACAUGCAGAAAUAGAUAUAUCAGCUGCCCUAUACACAUUGCAAUAUAUACUUCAACACAGACAUAACUCAGAGUUAUAAUGCAUGGAUUAGUUACUACAUGCUAUUUUCAUAUCUACAUGACUCCAUAUAGUAUUAUAUACGCAGGUACUAUGCUUCAGUAGAAAUGCAGACUGUGUAUUAUUAAAGAUAUACCCCGAAAUAAAUG